CAUAUACAGCGUCAAAAUCACAGGUCAGCAUUGAGUAUAAAUGGGAUGGCAAGAGAACCAAAAGGCAGAUCAAGAAAGCAGCAGGGACCAGGUACAGUGGCUCACACCUGUAAUCCCAACACUUUGGGAGGUCAAGGUGAGAGGAUUGCUUGAGUCCAGGAAUUUGAGACCAGCCUGGGGAAUACAGUGAGACCCUAUCUGUAUAAAAAUUUUUAAAAAAAUUAUGUAGGUGUGGUGGCUUGUGCCUAUAGUUCCAGCUACUUAGGAAGCUAAGGCAGGAGAACUGCUUGGCAGUGAGCUAAGUUCAUGCCACUGCACUACGGCCUAGGCAACAAAGUGAGAUCCUAACACACACACAGCAAGUGAGUACACACGAGUGUGUGCAAAAGAGAGUGUGAGAGUGCAAGCAGCAGAAAGGGAGAAAAACUUCUCUUUUAAAUUUUUAUAGUGAUAAUUUUGGCUUGCUCAUCAGAAAAAGGGAAAGGCUCACUGAAAAGGGAGUUAAAAAUUUCAAAACAUGAGGCUGGGUGUGGUGGUUUAUGCCUGUAAUCCCAACACUUUGGGAAGCUGUGGUGGGAAAAUCCCUUGAACUCAGGAGAAAAAGGCUGUAACUGCACCACUGGACUUCACCCCGGGUGAAACCAUAAGACCCCUGUCUUGCUGGUGCGCCGAGCCUGCCGGGUGAUGUGUAGUGACUUCCAUAGGGCUGAGUCUGGGACCGAGCUCCUUGCCCGACUUGAAGGUAGAAGUUCUUUGAAAGAAAUAGAACCAAGUCUGUUUGCUGAUGAAGAUUCUCCUGUGCAUGGUGAUAUUCUUGAAUUUCAUGGCCCAGGAACAGGAAAAACAGAAAUGCUUUAUCAUUUAACAGCACGAUGUAUACUUCCCAAAUCAGAAGGAGGCCUGGAAGUAGAAGUCGUAUUUAUCGAUACAGAUUAUCACUUUGAUAUGCUCCGGCUCGUGACGAUCCUCGAGCACAGACUGUCCCAGAGCUCUGAGGAAGUGCUCAAGGUCUGCCUGGGGAGACUGGUGCUGCUGUACUGCAGCAGCAGCACCCACUUACUGCUCAUGCUUCACUCACUGGAGAGCAUGUUUUGUAGUCGCCCGUCUCUUUGCCUUUUGAUUUUGGAUAGCCUGUCAGCUUUUUACUGGAUAGAUCGCGUCAACGGAGGAGAAAGUGUUAACUUACAGGAGUCUACUCUGAAGAAAUGUUCUCAGUUCUUAGAGAAACUUGUAAAUGACUAUCGCCUGGUUCUUUUUGCAACCACACAAACUUUAAUGCAGAAAGCCUCGAACUCGGUGGAAGAACCUUCUCAUGCCUCCCAACGCCUGCGUGACGUGGACAUAGACUAUAGACCCUAUCUCUGUAAAGCAUGGCAGCAAGUGGUGAAGCACAGGAUAUUUUUCUCCAAACAAGAUGAUUCGAAAAGCAGAAACCAAUUUUCAUUAGUUUCACGCUGUUUAAAAAGUAAGAAUGUAAAAAAACACUUUUUUAUUAUUGGAGAAAGUGGGGUUGAAUUUUGUUGAUAUGUAUCAUAAAAUAGUCUUUUGCAGGGUAUUAUGCAAGUCUUAAAGUUUUCUUUUUUAAGACAGGGUCUCGCUCUAUCUUCCAGGCUGGAGUGCAGUGGAACAAUCAUGGUUCACUGCAGCCUUGAACUCCUGGCCUCAAGGGAUCCUCCUAUGUGUGACUCUCAGAGUACAGAAAUUACAGGCAUGUGCCAGUGCACCCAGCCAAAAGUUUUUUUCUUUUUGAGAUGGAGUCUAACUCUGUCACCCAGGCAGGAGUGUUGUGGUGUGAUCUCGGCUUACUGCAACUGUUGCCUCCUGGGUUCAGGCAAUUCUCCUGCCUUAGCCUCCCAAGUAGCUGGGAUUACAGGCACCUGCCACAUGCCCAGUUGACUUUUUGUAUUUUUAAUGGCGACUGUGUUUCAGUAUGUUGGCCAGGCUGGUGUCGAACUCCUGACCUGAAGUGAUCCACAUGCCUUGGCCUCCCAAAGUGCUGGGAUUACAGGCGUGAGCCUCCGCGCCGGCCCUAAAGUUUUAAACUCUAGGGGAAUUAACAGUAUUUCUUUACAGAAUGGAUUUGUUAAACCAGUACAAUAAAACUAAAGACAAUUCUGUUUCUAGGCUGUUGAAUCAAAGUGCUAUUAACAAUUAAACUUUGUAUUAAUAAAAUAAAAAAGAAAAAAAGAAAAGAAAAAAAAAGACCCCUGUCUUAAAAACAAACACUCAGGACAAAAAAAGAGAGAGGAUUCCAGAAAAAGAUGGGCACAGAGCUGUAAUCCAGACUCAGGCUAGAUGGCCAACUUGUGGGACAUCAGCAGAACUUUCUUCUUUUUCUUUUUCUUUUUUUUUUUUGAGACAAAGUAUCAUUCUGUAACCCAAGCUGGAGUGCAGGGGUCUAGGCUGGAGUGCAGUGAUGCGAUCUCAGCUCACUACAACCUCUGCCUCCCAGGUUCAAGUGAUUCUCCCGCCGCAGCUUUCCAAGUAGCUGGGACCACAGGCGUGCACCAACACACCCAGCUAAUUUUUGUAUUUUUAGUAGAGACAGGGUCUUACCCUAUUGGCCAGGCUGGUCUUGAACUCCUGGCCUCAAGUGAUCUGCCCGCCUUGGCAUCCCGAAGUGCUGGGAUUACAGGCGUGAACCACCAUGCCUGGCUGCCUUAUAUUUUUUCAUUCACCAAUUUCACAGCUUCUCCUACAAGACCAGAAGAUCAGGCAAUGGUACGCUAGCAGUCUGGCGGCCAACAACGGCCUGGCACCUAUCAGUGGAUGCCCCUCAACAUGGCAGGUCAUUUGGGCAGCUGCAGUUGCUACCUGCCUGUCCCAGCUUCUGGAUUACAACAACAGUUUGAGAGCAGUCUUGGAAAAGAGACAAGACAAGCCUUAUCUCCCUCUGAGAAAGGAGAGAUGUUCGAGAAGAUGGGUGACAAAGUGGGCAUGGUAGCUCACGGCUCUAAUCCCAGCACUUUGAGAGACUGAAGCAGAAAGCAAUUGAGCCCGAGAGCUUGGGACCAGCCUAGGCAACAGAGUGAGAUUCAGCUUUACAAAAAUAGAAAAAUUAGCUGGGUGUGGUUGCACCUUUAGUCCUAGCUACUCAGGAGGCUGAGGUGGGAGCACUGCUUGAGUCUGGAAAGUCGAGGCUGCAGUGAGACAUGAUCAUCCUAUUGUACUGCAGCCUGGGCAACAGAGCAAGAACCUGUCUCAAAAACUAAUGAGAUGGCUGGCACAUGUUCCACAGGGUGGCCCCCAGAGGCGCCCAACAGGGGAAGUUUUCAGCAGCACUGGGGUUCCAAACACCACCGUGUCUCUGCCAGGCAGUGCUGCACACUUUUGGCAAGAACAGCUCAGUCUGAAAUAAACUUGAGGUUUUUCUUGUAAAAUAAAAAAGUUGAAAGUUUUAGGUAUAUUUUCACACUGAUUUUUGCUGCAUGAAGAAAAUAAGUAAAAGUGGGCUACCUCUGAAAAUCCUAGAAGAGUAACUUAUGUCAUGGUAGUCUACAGCAGAUCAUCACAUGCCACAUUAAUAUGUGUGCCAAAGAUACAAACUUCAAUCCAUUCCUACCACCAUAGACAAAAAUUAACUCCAAAUGGGUCACAGAUGUAAAUGUAAAACUUCUGCAAAAAAGAAAGAAAUCUUUGUAAAGUUAGGUUACACAGCUUUCUUAGGUAUGGUAUCAAAGGCAUGAUCCAUAAAACAACUAAAAACCUCAUCAAACUUUAAAAUGUUCUUUGCUGUUAAAAGAAUGAAAAAGCCACAGACUGGGAGAAACAUGCAUAUAUCUGAUAAGAACUCUCAAAACUCAAGAUAAGAAAACAACAACUGAUAUACAGUAAAAGCUGUAUACAAAUCCUUCACCAAAGACAUACAGAAGGCAAAUAUGCACAUGAAAAGACGUUCAACACCAGUCACUACAGAAGUUGAAGUUAAAACUACAGUGAGAUACUGCUACACAUUCACUAGAAUGGCUAGAAUUAAAAAAGAUUGACUGCACCAAUUGUUGUUAAGGACGUGGAGAAACUGCAACUCACAAAUACUGCUGGUGGGAAUGUAAAAUGGUACUGCCACUAACAGAUGGUUUGGCAGUUUCUCAUAAAGUCAAACAUCCACCUGCCAUAACAGCCAGCUACUCAAAUCCUCUGUAUUUAUUCAAGAGAAAUGAAAAUAUAUGUUCACAAUAUAACUUGCAUAUAAAUAUUGAUAGCAUUUAUUUCUAAUAGCCCAAAACUGCAAAUAACCCAAAUGUUCAUCACAUGGUAAAAGAAUAAAGAAACUGAAGUAUUUAUUUCCAUAGAACAAAAUACUACCUAACAAUAAAAAAAGGAAUGAACUACUGAUACACACUACAACAUACAUGCCAUGUUCUUCCAAGGCAAGACCCAAAAGGAAAACCACUCUAAAAGGAAAAAAUGGGCCAGUGUGGCAAAUAGUUAGGGACUGAAAGUCGAGACUCUUGGCAUAACUGUGUCUAUAAGACCCACCACUGAGAAAAAUUCAUCUGGGAGCAUUGCUCUGGUUAAAUGGAAAGGAACAUUAACCCGGGGAGAGAAAGUUUGGGAGCAAGAAGAUCAAGUCAAGAAAGAUUUUCUCUGGCUGUGAGCUAAGGGCUGAACAAGGGUGGUCACAGUGGAAAUGGAAAGGAAGAGAUGAUAUAAGGACAUUUUAUGAUUAACAAAACUGGAAGAAUUUGGGGAAAGGACACUGUUGUUGUCUCCUCCCCUGUCAAAGCUAACUGUGCGAAGCUAGUGUUGAGGGACAACGCUGCCACAGCAAUCCCAGGAGCAAGGCCAAACCACAGCCUCAGGUCAGAAUGUGCCCCACCACUGCUGCGGCAGAAAGGCAAAGCUCUGCAUGGAUGAAUAAAGUCCAAAGGAACCAACACCAGACAGUGCAGGCUUCCAGCAGGAAAUCCCACUAAAUAACCCAUCUCCUCAAGAUUCAGACCCAAGCCAACUCCACCUUCAACAUUAACAGUGAUUUCCAACAUCUAAAAAUAUUCAUCUACACUUACAUGGAAAAUAAUACUUUCCAAAAAAUAUAUAAUCAAAGUGCUAAAGUAGUCUAGAGAAAUAAAAAUUAUCUGUAAAAACGUUAACACAGAAAUUCCACCUGUUAGCAGGGCAAGACAGUCUUCAGUUUCUAAUAGGUGAUACUAUUUCAUGAACACAUGCUCUGGCACAGAGUUAACUGUAACCUAGUGAUUACAGAUUUGUCUUGUGGGAGAGGCCACGAGAAACACAGUAUAUGAAGCUUUAAUGCAGUAAGAAUUAAGCUUUUGUUACACUUAUUAACAAGCUAAUUUAAUGAACUUGAGAAAUGGACUCAACCAAGUCCUAAUUCUAUACCCACCCUUUGCAAAAUCCACCCCUUCACCUUUCUCUCCCAGCUGUAUGUACAAAGCAUUUUAUCACCCAGCACUUACCUGCUUGGAAGGUAGGAUUCGCUCCAGGAUACAUGUUAGGAGAAUAGGCAGGAGCUGCUGCUGCAUAGCCCAUAGGAAAGCCAGCUAAGAAAAAUACAAAACAAUCUGAUGUCAUCAACUGAAGUAGUGACACACAGUCUUCAGCUCUCAAAAAGCUAGCACUCUUACCUUCUUCCCCAGAACUCCACAGACUGACUUAAGGAGCCCCAAGAAGCACUAUGUGUGCCCACCAGUGUGUCUCUAAUUGUCUUCUUCCCUCAGAAUUUUGUUUGCUGUUGUUUUUAGAGAUGGAGUUUCACUCUCAUCACCCAGACUGGAGUGCAAUGGCACAUUCUCAGCUCACUGCAACCUCCGCCUCCCAGGUUCAAGCGAUUCUCCUGCCUUAGCCUUCCAAGGAGCUGGAAUACAGGCACACACCACCACACCUGGCUAGUUUUUGUAUUUUUAGUAGAGAUGGGGAUUCAUCAUGUUAGCCAGGCUGGUCUCGAACUCCUGACCUCAGGUGAUGCACCCACCUCGGCCUCCCAAAGUGCUGGGAUUACAGCCAUGAGCCACCAUGCCUGGCUUUCCCUCAGAAUUUUGACAGGUCACAAUUAUAUUGUUUAAACCUACAAGUAAAUGCUUACAACUUUCUACAACUGGAAA